UGCUGGAGACUUGAAGUAGGCUAUUGCGCAGUCAACGUGAGACCCUUCAGGAUCCGCGCUGUGCCCCCACUCCCUCUUAACAUAUCCCUGUCAACACUUUUCAGCGCGUUUUACCUGAAUACCCUCCAACGCAUUGUUCCCGAAAAUAUGUUCGAGUGAUUUUUGAGUGUCAUCUCAUCACGUUUUUGCAUCGUUUUAGAGGGGAACAAUAUCGGGAGACCCACAACACUCAAGUCUGUUGAUCCGGAUGAACUAACUGGUGAAAAAAGUAACUCGCAACAGAUUUUGCUCGCGGACAACUUCUCUGGGGCUGAGGAGACAGCAGAAGUUAUGGCUUACUCUCUCUCUCUCAGUCUGCUGUACCUGGGCUUGCUGUGUGGGACUGGACUGGUGUCCGCACGAGGAUCCGAGCUGUUUGCUCAAGAUCCCAAUAGAGGACCUCAUUUUAUGGGCUGCCGCUCCAGAGAGCAGGAGACCUUUCGUUGCUGGUGGAGCGCUGGGACCUUCCAGAACCUCACCGAGCCUGGAGCACUCAGGGUCUUCUACCAGACCAAAAAUAUCCUCCCUAGUGAGUGGCAGGAGUGUCCAGACUACACAAGUACUGUGGAAAACGAAUGCUACUUCAACAAGACCUUCACACAAAUCUGGAUUUCGUACUGCAUCCGUCUGCGCUCGGUUCCUCAGAACAUAACCUACGAUGAGGUCUGCUUUACAGUGGAGAACAUUGUUCAUCCUGACCCACCAAUUGGGCUGAACUGGACUCUACUGAACGUGAGUCGCUCAGGGUUGUACUUUGACAUCCUUGUGCGCUGGGCUCCCCCUCCGUCCGCAGAUGUGCAGAUGGGCUGGAUGAAUCUGGUGUACCAGGUUCAGUACCGGGUCAGGAACACCUCCCAAUGGGAGAUGCUGGUCCGGGAGAGUGGCACACAGCAGUCCAUCUACGGUCUGCUCACUGACAAAGAGUAUGAAGUCCGUGUGCGCUGCACGAUGUCAUCCUUUGACAACUUUGGCGAAUUCAGCAACAGCAUCAUUGUCCAUGUGGCACAGAUACCAAGCAAAGAAUCAACAUUCCCGACGGCGUUAGUGUUGAUUUUUGGAGUGAUUGGAGUGGUGAUUCUUCUUGUCCUCCUCGUCUUCUCCCAGCAGCAGAAGUUGAUGGUAAUCUUUUUGCCACCUAUUCCUGCACCUAAAAUUAAAGGGAUCGACCCAGAGCUGCUAAAGAAUGGAAAGCUUGACCAGCUCAAUUCUUUGCUGAGCAGUCAAGAUAUGUACAAGCCGGACUUCUAUCAUGAAGACCCAUGGGUGGAGUUCAUCCAGCUGGACCUUGACGACCCUGCAGAGAAGAACGACGGCUCUGAUACACAACACCUGCUGGGCCUGUCCCGCUCGGGCUCCUCUCACGUCCUUAAUUUCAAAAGCGACGACGAUUCGGGUCGUGCUAGCUGCUACGACCCAGAAAUCCCAGAUCCCGAGGACAUGGCUUCCCUUCUGCCUGGCCAUUCUGGACGGGGAGAGCAGCACCCGCUGGUUUCCAGAAGCAGCUCGUCUAUCCCUGAGCUCGGCGACCAGCAGACAUCAGAAGUGGUGGAGACGCCCGUCCAAACGCAACCUGCUGUGCCCAGCUGGGUUAACAUGAACUUUUAUGCCCAAGUAAGUGAUUUCACACCAGCGGGAGGAGUGGUGCUCUCGCCUGGACAGCUGAACGACUCUCCAGGAAAAAAGAAAGAGGAAGAAAACGAAAAGAAGAAGAUACAAUUCCAGCUGCUCUCGGACGGAGCCUACACCUCAGAGAACACGCCCAGGCAGCUUUCCGCCGACGUGCCACCUAGCCCUGGUCCUGAGCAGGGGUACCAAUCAUUCCCAACCCUGGCUGUUGAGGGAAACCUCUGGAAUGGAGAGUACCUGGUGUCCGCCAGCGACUCCCAAACACCGUACCUACUUCCUGAAACUCCUCCAGUCCCCAUAAUGCCACCAGUGUCGGACUAUACAGUAGUGCAGGAAGUGGACGCCCAGCACAGCCUCCUCCUGAAUCCUCCUUCCUCGCAGCCCACGGUCUGUUCGCACAGCCCAAACAAACACCUCCCUGCCAUGCCAACCAUGCCUAUGGGGUACCUCACCCCAGACCUUCUGGGAAACCUGACUCCAUGAAGACACUAUAGAUUGAAGUUGAUGGUCUGGUUGUACAAUCUCACUGCUGGAAACCAAAGUUGCAAGAACAACACAGGACGGAUAUAGCAUUUCGUUUGGGAAUUCUGCACAUGGAUUUACUCUGCUGUACGCUACAAAAUGGACUGCCCUGAAAACGUUUCUUCUCUUUUCUGCUGUUGCAGUUGUGCUACGCUAGCUCGCCGAGAGAGUUAUAAUGCGUUAUCGAUUUAACGCCAGCUGGUUACAUGCAAAAACGAAAAUUCACUACAGAAAUAUGCUCGCUUGCUGUGUCGGAGAACCAUUUUGAAAAUGUGUUUGUUGUUACAAAGUUACAGAGCUGAAGUGGCAUUGGGAUGAAAAAUAUCUGAUGAGAUCAAUUCAAACGUAUCUUUAUACUAAAUUGUUUACACACAGAUUAAAGACGUAUCACAUUUGCUCAUAGAUGGAAUAUUAAAUAUAUUUCCUUGCCGCAUAUUACAGUACCAGAAAUAUAUCUUUUUUAGGAGAAAAAUGAAUGGGAGCCAUUUUGUGCGGUGCAUCCAUCCUGCACAUUUUAUCCUUUGCCAUAGCCAGAUAGAUAAGAAACGGGGUUGUGGUGCCGAUGUGUAUUUUAGCAUAAUAGCAUCACUAUAUAUGACUGUAAUAUUUGCGAUCAUUGCUAGAAAAUGUCAAGACAAGUGAUUGUUAUGCCAUUGGCCCACAGAACAAGCUGUUACCUUGCCUUGUUCAAAGAGCAAGAAAUGAACUUGUCUUUGUUUGUAGUGAAUGUGAAUGUGUCCAGGGGAAAUGUAAAAAAAUUAAACGUUUGUAGUCUUUGCUGUGCAAUGCAAAACCGAAUGGCAGGUUUUCUUAUAUUUUACUUUUGUACAUGUGUAGCAGUUUUAUAUUGACGGAGACACUAUAAAUCUAUACAUGCUUUUACAAUGGGAGUUACAUUACGGAAUAGCUGGGAAAGAAGUGCCAAUUUUUUUUGACUUGUGGUAUUACACAAAGACUGGCCAUCAAAUGAAGCUAAAUCGUUCUUGCCAGGAGAGUAUACUCAAUGACUGGUCAAAGCUGCUUUUAACUAGAGCUAUUUUAUGAAAUAAUGCAUUAUAAUAUAAGAAAUAAUAACUGGAGAUUUUUUUUAUUUGCAAUCAUAGACUGUUAAGAGUUCUCAAGCCACAUGUUGAAAACCUAGUCGGUGGAUUUGUCACAGAUGUAAUUGUAUGCUUUUGAAAAGUUUGUACAGAAAAAGUGUUAAGUUGUAUAGAUGAGCUUAUUUUGAGCGCUUUGUCACUCUUACCUGUUCUCUGUUUUUAGAGAAAUACAGUGGAGGUAUAUGAUGGUGAAGAAGGAGCUUAAUUGGCCCUGGGUUUGCCUAUGAUGCUUGAAUACUGGGUCCUAACUUGUUUUAGGUGUCUGUCUGUUGUAGUUACAGUGCCUUCCAAAAGCUUUUGACUUUCUUCUGAUUUUGUGUUCAAUUUAAUUGUGACCCAACUGUUUAUAAGGCUCCUGACGUAUAUGUUUUAGCUUACCUCGAGGGCAUCCAAGAUGUAGGUGUCUUUGUUUCCACAGUAUUUUCAAUUUUGACA